AUGCGAGUAAUAGGCUGGAUAACCAUCGCCUACGGCGUGAUAGCGCACUUUCACAUGACCACGUGCAUACAUUUUUUGGAAAGGGCAAGAAAUAAUGUGUUACUAAAAAAUAGGAAAAGUAGUUUGUACAAAUUAGAAAAAAGACAAAAUGGGGAAAAGCGAAUGGAGCAUUUUUUUGUAAUAAAUAAAAUAAAGAACAGAAAUAUGCAUAGAAGAAAUAGCGUAAACAUGGAAAAUUCCAACAUGGAUAAUAAUAGAUUGGCUUUAUUAAAAAAUUUAGAAGAUGAAACAAAAAUUAUUACUCAGUCACCUGAGUGGAAUGAAAAAAUGCCAUUAAUAGAAAUAAAUAAUUUGCAUGCAAUAGAAAUAGAAGGAGGAAAGGAAAUACUGAAGGGAAUAAAUUUAAGUAUUUAUUUAGGUGAAAAACAUGCUAUUAUGGGAAGAAAUGGUUCAGGAAAGUCAACACUUACUAAGGUAAUAGCUGGUCAUCCAUAUUAUAAAGUGACAGAUGGGAAUAUGAAAUUUAAAGGAUUAGAUUUAAAUACAUUAGCAGUAAAUGUUAGAUCAUUAUGUGGUAUCUUUUUAGCUUUUCAAUACCCUAUAGAAUUGCCAAUGGUAAAAAAUAAUGAAUUUUUACGUGCUGCAUUAAAUAGCCAUAGGAAACAUAGAAAUGAGUCAGAAAUAAGUGCAUCUGAAUUUGAUCUUUUAAUGAUUGAAGAAAUAAAAAAGGUUGGAUUAACAUCGGAAUUUUUAGAUAGACCUGUUAAUUAUGGUUUUAGUGGUGGUGAAAAAAAAAGGAAUGAAAUUUUACAAAUGCUAAUUUUAAAACCAUCUUUUUGUAUUCUAGAUGAAACGGAUUCAGGUUUAGAUGUAGACUCUUUCAAAUUAACAUCUAAUGUUAUCACAAAUUUUUCAAAUCAGAAUAACUCCUUUUUAAUUGUAACUCACUAUAAGAAAUUGCUGGAAUUACUAAAACCGAAUUUUAUUCAUAUUAUGCACCAAGGGAAAAUUAUAGAAACUGGAGAUUAUUCUAUAGUUGAUAAAGUAGAGUCCAAAGGUUAUUCUCAAUUUGUUAAGGAUUAG